CGGCCCAGUUCCAGUGGCCUGUCUCCUGGGGUGGCUGUAAAGCUGGACUCGCAUGUGGGGCACUGCAGAUGUGGCAGGCAAAGGUGUGGGAGCUUUGGGGCAGGUGCUGAAGGCAGGAGAAGGGCCUGAGAAUGUCGUCCCAGGUAGCUGGGAACCAGACCUCCUCCGGGACUGAGGAUGACUACUCCUAUGGCAGCUGGUACAUCGAUGAGCCCCAGGGCGGAACCGAGCUCCAGCCCGAGGGGGCAGUGCCCUCCUGCUACCCCAGUGUGCCACCUGGCCUAUUCCAUGCCUGCCUGGCCUCGCUGUCGAUCCUUGUGUUGCUGCUGCUGGCUGCACUAGUGAGGCGCCGCCACCUCUGGCCUGACUGUGGGCAUGGCAGGCCUGGACUGCCCAGCCCUGUGGAUUUCUGGGCUGGGGAUAGGCCCUGGAUGGUGCCUGCUGCUGUCUUCAUGGUCCUCUUCAGCUCCAUGUGUUUGCUACUGCUGGACGAAGACCCACUGCCCUUCCUGACCCUCAUCUCACCACCCAGCCCAGGGCCCUGGAAAAUGCUGGCCCUGCUGUAUUACCCUGUCCUCUACUACCCUCUGGCUGCCUGUGCCACAGCCAGGCAUGGAGCCGCACAUCUGCUUGGCAGCGUGCUGUCCUGGGCCCACUUUGGGGUCCAGGUCUGGCAGAGGGCAGAGUGUCCUCAGACACCCAAGAUCUACAAGUACUACUCCCUGCUGGCCUCUCUGCCUCUCAUUCUGGGCCUCGGAUUCCUGAGCCUUUGGUACCCAGUGCAGCUGGUGAGAAGCUUCAGCCGUAGGACAGGAGCUGGCUCCGAGCUGUCUCCACAGGGGCUGCAGAGCAGCUACUCUGAGGAGUACCUGAGGAACCUCCUUUGCCAGCAGAAGACACUGGAAAGCAGCUCCCACACCUCCAAGCCUGGCUUCCUGUCCUGGGCCUGGAUCGGCUUCAGACACUACGUCUACAUUCCACAGCGAGGAUUCCGCCUCCCUCUGAAGCUGGUGCUUUCAGCUACCCUGACAGGGGCCGCCAUUUACCAGGUGGCCCUGCUGCUGCUGGUGGGUGUGGUACCCACCAUCCAGAAGGUGAGGGCAGGGGUCACCACAGAUGUCUCCUACCUGCUGGCUGGCUUUGGGAUCGUGCUCUCAGAGGACAGACAGGAGGUGGUAGAGCUGGUGAAGCACCAUCUGUGGGCUCUGGAAGUUUGCUACAUCUCGGCCUUGGUCUUGUCUUGCUCACUCACCUUCCUGGUCCUGAUCCGUUCGCUGGUGACACACAGGGCCAACCUUCAAGCUCUGCACCGAGGAGCUGCCCUGGACCUGGGUCCCCCACCCCAAGGCCCUCCCGCCUCCCGCCAAGCCAUAUUCUGUUGGCUGAGCUUCAGUGCCUACCAGACUGCCUUCACCUGCCUUGGGCUCCUGGUGCAGCAGAUCAUCUUCUUCCUGGGAACUACAGCCCUAGCCUUCCUGGUGUUCAUGCCUGUGUUCCAUGGCAGGAACCUUCUGCUGUUACGAUCCUUGGAGUCCUCGUGGCCCUUCUGGCUGACUUUGGCCCUCGUUGUGACCCUGCAGAACAUGGCAGCCCAGUGGGUCUUCCUGGAGACCCAACAUGGACGCCCAGAGCUGACCAACCGGCGAGUGCUGUACGCAACCACCUUUCUCCUCUUCCCCCUCAACGUGCUGGUGGGUGCCAUGGUGGCCGCCUGGCGAGUGCUCCUCUCUGCCCUCUACAAUGCCGUUCACCUUGGCCAGACUGACCUCAGCCUGCUGCCACCAAGAGCCGCCACUCUUGACCCGGGAUACCACACAUACCGAAACUUCUUGAAGAUUGAAGUCAGCCAGUCGCAUCCAGCCAUGACAGCCUUCUGCAACCUGCUCCUGCAAGCGCGGAGCCCCCUGCCCUGGUCCCCGGCAGCCCCCCAGGACGGCCUCAGACCGGGAGAGGAAGAAGGGAUGCAGUUGCUGCAGACAAAGGACACCAUGGCCAAGGGAGCAGGGUCUAGGGCUAGCCGCGCCAGGGCCCGCUGGGGUCUGGCCUACACGCUGCUGCACAACCCGGCCCUGCAGGCCUUCCGGAAGACGGCCCAGUCAGGUGCCCAGGCCAAGGGCACCCAGUCCUGAGGACCGGAAGGGCCUUCUGUGUUGAGGCACAUUCCCGCCUACCAUCUACUUCCUUCUCAGCUCUCCCUGCCAUGGCAGCCCUCCUCUCAGCACCCACUCUGCCAGCAGGUCCCCUGGGACCAAAGCUCCAGUGAUCAGCCUUGGGACUGGGAGGUCACCACUGUUGGGUAGAGGUCUGUGCUCAGGAGGGCUCUGGUCUGCCUUGGCCGUGGAGUGCCAGCAAGGGCUCUGGAAAAAGCAACUGGCAGAUCAGGCCUUUGGUCCAGGAGCCAGUGGAGCUGGGGUGGCCACGUUCAGGCCUCUCUCUACCCUGGCUUUGCCAUUAGCCUUGCAGGGCCUCAUUGAAGCCUUCUUGGGAAGGGGGUUGGUGAUUCAGGGCCAGAAUAGCUUUGCAUUUCAGCUCGGCUCCAGCUCAGCCUUGGCCCUCAUGCUGUGGAGCUGGCCACAGCGCCUCCUCUCUCCCCCAGCUCUCCCCCUCUCCUCUCUGGGGAGUGGCUGGAAGGCUCCUGGGCCUUGUGGCCUGUAAGGCAGCCCAGGAGGAAGCUGUGGGCUCCUGCUGGGCAGCAAAGUCACGACUCAAACCAGGCCCCACACUGAGCUGCCCACACUGGAGAGCCAGAUAUUUUUGUAGUUUUUACACCUUUUGCUAUUAUGAAAGAGGUUAGUGUGUUCCCUGUAAUAAACUUGUCCCUGAGAAA